AUGGCAUUGGUUUUCGGUUUUGCGCACGCUGCGAUGGCGAGUGUUCGGACCAGCGACGACACGGCCACAGCCCAGGAUGGGAGGUUUCUCUUCUCGCUCGCUGUCACUUCGACCAUCGCCCACUACCUAUUGUCCGACACGCCGGAGUCGGUGUCAGGGCGAACGUCCGACCGACGGACCGACGAGUCGGCGUGUGAGGUUGUAAUACGGAGGAGGAGGAGGAGGAGGAUGAGAAUCAUGAUCCCAGUACGUCGGAGGAGGAAGAAGAAGAAGAAGCUCCGCCAUCCUAUCCUGAUCCAUCAUCUAUCAUCCCAGCACGCCGGCCUCGUCGGAGGUUGGAGAUCGGGUGCUAUGGAGAUGCUAGAACCUAGUGCCCAGGCCGCACGUCGUGUCAAGUCCCUCAUCCUGGCCCUUCUCAUCCCAUUCCUUCCCAUCCAGAGAUAUUUAGCUCUCCUUCGGCCAUCGGCCAUCGGCCGGCAUGGCCAACUAUGGGUUGGGCGCCUAUCGGAGUACUCGGACUCGAUCUCGGUGGAUGGGAACGGACACAUACUACUCUAUCAGUCGAUGGCGCAACAGAGCGAGAGGUUACAGUACUGGUUACAGGUUACAGAGCGCACCGCUACACUCCAGACCCCGAACGCCGGAGGCCGGCGGCGCUUCGCUCGUAUCAUGCGUGACGCCGUGACGGAGCAUACCCAGGAACGUUCAAUGCAAUGGGGCAAAAGCGAGGAUGAAACGCCGCCGCCGAGUAUGGUACACAUCUACCGUAGUACACAUUCUACAUCACAUAGAUAUCUGCAUACAUAUCAUACAUCCUCAAGCCCCACGCAGGUUCAGAGCAUCCGCGGCAGUCACCAAACCGCUGGAAAGUAUAAUACCCAGCUUGGCGGAGAUUUAGGGAACGAGCCCGACAAGUCGACGACGCCGACGACACCGAACGGACAAGAGCAGGAGGAGGAGGAGGAGGAUAAGGUGAAACCGUGA